AUGAAAAUUAUUCUAGAAUACUUAUAUACUGGAAAAAUUCCUGAUGGAAGCUUGUCAGCUGAUAAUGUAUUUGAAAUUUUGUAUGCAGCAGAUUUUUUUCAACUAAAGAACCUUCAAGACAUCAUUUCAGACUUCUAUAUAAAAGCAUGUCAAGAGGAAGGAAUUGAUAAUAAAUCUCCGGAAUUGUUGUCAAAAGCGGUACAACUUACUCUAUCGGGUGAUAAUGGUAUUAUUGAUUUUUUGAUAGAUUCAGUUGCCAAGAUUCCAUUAGAUGUUAUUGGGUUUAAUCGAUUGUCACUACAAGCAUUGCG